GCGGCGCCGGCGAUUCCUCCCUUCCACAGUUCCACUCUGCUCCUCUCCCCCAUGGCGGCUUCCUCCGCCUCCCUCCUCGCCCGGCGCCUCCUCCUCUCCCGCCGCUUCCUCUCGUCCCCACUCCGCCCCUUCUCCACCACCACGACGCCCUCCUCCUCCUCCUCGAUCUCUUCCCCCUCGUUUAAUGGGUCCGACACGGAAUCCGACCCUGAGCUCGAGAACGACCAGGCCCCCGGGGAGCAGGAUCGCCAGCAGGCGCAGAAUCGCCCGCGCCCGCCCAACACCACCCGCCCCCUCGAGAACGGCCUCGACCCCGGCAUCUAUAAGGCGAUAAUGGUGGGGAAGGUCGGGCAGGAGCCGAUGCAGAAGCGGCUGCGGAAUGGGAGGACCAUCGUGCUCUUCUCGCUCGGCACCGGCGGCAUCCGCAACAACCGCCGCCCGCUGGACCGCGAGGAGCCGCACCAAUACGCCGAUCGAUGCUCCGUUCAGUGGCACCGCGUCUGCGUCUACCCAGAGCGCCUCGGCACCCUCGCGCUCAACCACGUCAAGACCGGCACUGUUCUCUAUUUGGAAGGAAAUCUGGAGACCAAAGUGUUCUGUGAUCCAAUUACUGGGCUGGUUAGACGCAUAAGAGAAAUAGCUGUGCGUGCAAAUGGUCGCCUCUUGUUUCUUGGUAAUGAUGCAAAUGGUCCCAAGUUGGGUGAAGUCAAGGGCGUCGGCUACUUCUGAUACUGGUUUUUGUUUAACUGAUGAUACCAGUUGAUGCUGACAACUGGGAUGGAUGUAUCAGUGGUGCGGAACUUGCUCAAUAUUGUUGAAGUCUGAGAGUGAACCAACAAAUCUCGGCAGAGAUUCAAAGUCUUUUGCUGCGCUGAAUUUAUCAGAUUUCUCUUUUCCUCAAGCUCUCAACACCAUGUAGAUGCCUUAUAAUUGUUGAGCAGCAGCAUGUAGUGUGUGUAACUUAAUUUAACCUCAGACACACUUUAUGGAGUGAUUCCUUUCUACGUUUCCGUUCUUAGUUGUUUUUAAGAGUUGUUUUGCCAUUA